AUGUCCGGCUCACAAAAUCACCACAUCUACCAUAACGGCCGUAACCGCCCUUCCGGCUCUCGCAGCAAUCGACCCUCCCGUCACGCCGCAGCUUAUGGCACGCCUGAUCCAUUCGCCGACCUCCAUAGGUCGCCUGCAACGCCUCGAAACCCACACUCUGAGUACGACAGGACAGCUCGUUACCAGGAGCCGCAUGACCUAGCACAACCCCCCCACUAUAAUUUGUCCGGUCAAUCCAACACGCACUAUGAUCACGGUCCCCCAUCAGGGUAUUCCCGUUUCCAAGACCCCUAUUAUGGCGACCAUCACCAUCCAAGGCCAUUCCCUGGACAUCAGCAGGAAGAGCAGUAUGAGCACGAAGAACAGUAUGCGUCGUAUGGGUACGACCAGCGAUAUAGACGGGCUCAGCGUAUAGAGGGUGUUCCACGAUAUCCGCACGACCCGCGGUAUGACAAUGACCAGCGCCUUCGACACGAUGCGCGCUAUGAGCAAGAUGACCAGCAUGACUACGCUGAGGGCGAUGACAACUAUGAGCCAGAAGGGCCUGAGGAAGCGAUUGGACCGGAUGAGCCAUCUCCAGAGGACCAUCAGCAAACAAUGGGCGGCCACAUUAGCAUACAGCCAGGGCAUCCCAAUCGUGUGUCCACGCAAGGCGAACUGGAUCCACGUAUGUCUGUUGUCCGUGACUUCGAUGAAUUCCAACUAAGUGUGCCAGGAUACGUGGUCCAAGACCUGGACUAUUUUGAGCCCGGAAAGGUCUUUUCAAUCUUGUGGCACGAGAGCGACGGGCGCGACGGGCGAGCCAACAAUACGCAUGUGAGCGCCGGCCCUCUAUUCCGAGGAAGGUAUAACCAGGCGAUUUACAGUACCAUCCGCCGCAUGGUAGUCCUGAGAGCCUUCGACCAGCAUUCCUGGUGUUAUUCAAUCAGCACGUAUGGUGGCCGUGGGCUUGCGAAGCCCGGUGUCGAUCCGUCAAAACAUGCGAUUGUUCAUAUGGCUGAUACACCUCCAAGACUUGGUUCAAACGAGCCAGAGACGACGAAAGAACCACUAGAGGUAGACCCUGAACGGUUUGACGAAACACUACAUCCAAAGUCGAGACUUAAUUUUGGCAAGAUAUACACGGUCGAGCACAAUGUGAAGGUGCUUCCUAUUGGCGUCAUUUCAGCGGCAUCAAUGCCGAGAUUCAUUGCUUAUGCGAGGGCCGAGUUGGCGAUCUAA